UCGCACCCCAAUUCAAAUCCCGAGUGGAUCAGCCCUAGGCAUGAAUUUCCACCCAUAGUUUGGCACUAAACUACAGAACACGGAACCCGUUAGUACAAGGUCAGCACUAGACCCUUCCCAAGACCAAUCCCAACCAACAUCCCUAUUCACACUGCACAGCUAUCACUAUCUAUCUCAAUUUCCCCCAUAAGCUAUCAUCCACGUAGUCACUAUUUUGCUACUAGCACUCACCACCCCUAACCCUGCUCUAUCCAUCACUUCGUCACAACCAUGUCCUCACCAUUCCCAUGCCUCUCUGGCACCCACUUCGGUCACAUCACGAUAGAUGGCCCCGUCAUAAUAAUCGAAGCCGGUCUGGGCAGCAGCCACAGCGAAUGGGUCGUAGUGCAACGCCUCAUCGCCGAACACGCCCGUAACCGCGCUUAUGAACUGUCCCGAAUACUGGAGGUAGCAGGGAUCAAGCCACCCUAUGUACUAGUUGGGCAGUCAUAUGGCGGUGUCUUGAUCCGGGAGUUUCGCAUGCAUACCAAGUCGAAAUUGGCGGGGAUGGUGAUCGUUGAUGCUUGGAGACAGCCUAAUCCGUCACAGCGGGGAUGGUUCAAUUUGUUGGGUGAGGUUGUGAUUGUCGUAGUUGUAAGGUUAGAUAUAAAUCAUGUAUUCUGCGCAGAGAAGUAUGAGAGGAUUAAAGAGGAUAAGAAAAGGAAUGAGAAUAUGUUUCGUAUGGAGGAGGGGUUUGUAGCAAAUAGUAUGGAAGAGGUUACUGCUGGAUUGCCGCUGGGGUUUCAGGCGCUGGGUGAUGAACGAUUGAGCGUGGUGUUUGGAAUUCUAUCGGUGAGGACAAAUCUUCCUGCGCGGCUAGAGACUAUUGAAAGAGUUGAUGAGGAAAUACAGAGGGCUCAUCUUGGAUUGUUGAGUCAGAGUCGGUUUGUCUACGCGCAGGGGAAGGUCAUGACGCAUAAUGUGCAUUAUAUGGCGCCGGAGCUGAUUCGUGAUGAACUUUUAUGGGUAUUGAGGCUGAUGUAUCGGCAUUCUGAUGGUUGGGACUGCUUGCUAAUACGUAAGAGGAAGUAA